AUUCCGGCGUAAGUUAGCGUGAGAUGAUGAUUGUUGUUAUCAUCAAUCCAUCCACACUCUCACAGUAGCUUAAAAACAAGGCUCGACGCAGUUCCAUCUCUUCUUAUCUGCAACUUGAGACUCUUGUCGAAAGCAAAACCCAAAGUCUUCUCUCUCUUCAGUCUUCACUUUACUUUACAGCAUCAAUCAAUCACUCAAUGGCUUCUUCGUCUUCAAUGCAGAUGGUUCACGCUUCCAUUUCUCAGAUUGGUGCUAAGUCACAGUUAGUUUCCGCGAAUCUUACCUCUCAAUCAGUUUGCUUCGGAGCUCGUUCCUCUGGAAUCUCCUUAUGUUCGAGAUCUCGCUAUGCUACAAGCUUCCCGCUUAAGCAAUUUUCCGGAGCUUAUGCGACCACCAAGCACCAGAGAACGGCUUGUGUCAAAUCAAUGGCGGCUGAGGAGGAAGAAGAAGUAAUGGAACCUCAAGCUAAAGUGACAAACAAGGUUUACUUUGAUGUGGAAAUUGGAGGUGAAGUAGCUGGAAGAAUUGUGAUGGGUCUCUUUGGUGAAGUUGUGCCUAAAACCGUCGAAAACUUCCGUGUCUUGUGUACCGGUGAGAAAAAAUACGGGUACAAGGGUUCUUCGUUUCAUCGUAUCAUUAAGGAUUUCAUGAUCCAAGGAGGUGAUUUCACCGAGGGAAAUGGUACUGGAGGUAUUAGUAUUUACGGUGCCAAGUUCGAAGAUGAAAACUUUACCCUGAAGCAUACUGGACCUGGAAUCUUGAGCAUGGCAAACGCUGGUCCUAAUACUAAUGGAAGCCAAUUUUUCAUUUGCACCAUCAAGACUCCAUGGUUAGAUAACAAGCAUGUUGUCUUUGGACAAGUAAUUGAAGGAAUGAAGCUUGUGAGGAGACUUGAAUCUCAGGAGACACGCGCGAUGGAUGUUCCCAAGAAAGGUUGCAGAAUCUAUGCAUGUGGAGAGCUCCCAAUGGAAGCUUGAAAACCACCAUUAACCGGUGCAUUUGUCAUUGCCAACUUUGUUCUGUUUUUUUUUUGCUUGCUUUUAUGAACUAUUGAGGAAUCCAAACCAUCGAAAAGCCAAAGAGUUUCAACUUCUGGUCUUUUGUUUCUUUAUUUUGGAUACAUGAGUUUAAAAGUACAAUUUAAGGUUCUCUUAUAAGAAACUCUCUUUUAAGCAUGAACCAUAGUUGCAACCGCUA